CAAAGAAGUAAAUUCAACAAGCUGAGCUGAGAGAAAGGCAAACGUUGAACUACUUCUGGUUGUUGUGAAAUUAUCGACCAUCUACUGGCAUUGUACUUGUUUACUCUUCCGAGUACGAUUCGUUACUGCAAAAGCUGCCUUGGGUCAGCUCUUUGGAGCCCAACAAUGGUGGAUUGAACGCUGAUUGUAUUCACUCUUCACGAAGUUGUAAUAACUGACGUGUGUUCGCUCCCAAGAUGUUGUUUGGCCAAUGGGGGAGUUUGCCAUCUUAUGUGAUAAACUCUGUCUUGGGAGAUUACCUGGAAAAUAUCAGUGCCGACCAGUGGUCCAUGGGAAUUGUGAAAGGGUUUAUUGAAUUGCAUAAUAUCCCGUUUCGAAAAGAUGCACUUCGCCAGCUCCAGCUACCAGUCGAGAUCAAAGAUGGGUAUGUUGGUUGCCUGCGUUUGCGAUUACCGUACCAAUCCAACGGCGGUGUGUUUUCCGUGGAAGGAGACGACGUCUACGUGCUGAUUGGACCUUCCACUAGAACGCAGGGUACUGGUGCUGAACAGAAUGCAGCUACGGCCGGGAAGUUCCAGGCAUUGGAUGCUUGGGAAGCACAGCGACUGAAUACAAAGGAAGAUGCCCCAAAGUCUAUGGCCUAUUCGAUGGUUUCAGCAAUACUGGACAAAGUUCAGUUUCUUGCCACCAACGUUCAUAUUCGGUAUGAGGACAGUAUCACAAUUCCCGGCCAGACGUUUGCUGUCGGCAUCACCAUUGACAAACUCUCUGCACAAAAUGCUGGCGAUGAGUGGAAACCCGAGGGCGUCACGACCGAUGCCGAUUUAGCUUGCAAGGUACUCGAGCUUGAGAAGUUUAGGGUGCAUUGGGACGUUCACGCCACCAUCCCGGAAGACGAGUCAACGGAUGACUUCAUGAAACGCAUGAAGACUGCUAGCCAAGAGUGCCACUCGUACAUUGUCAAGCCAUUCAGCGGCUCUGUACGUUUCACUCGGAACAAGUCGACCGCACCACUGCGUUCGCUGGACACACCGCGUGUUCAGUUAGAUGCCGAGCUGGAGCACAUUGACAUGCAGAUGAAUCGUGCACAGUUCCGCCAAUGUACGGUGCUAGCCGAGACAACCCAGCAGCAUAUCAUUGCACAGCAGCGACGGAAACAUCGACCUGUCUGUCCUGUCAGUGAAAACUGCAGGGCAUGGUGGAGAUAUGCUAUCUUUGGCGGUGUACUUGGCCUUCACGAGCAUCUGCGUCACUCCAGCCGUACGUUUGUCCUGAACUGCCUGCACGAGAACGUCAUCUAUGCCCGUCUCUACAGGAAAUGGGCCCAGGAUACUGACUCCAUUGCGUGCGACGAAAUGGAGGAUAUGGCUGCGAUCGAGCGAGAGCGCCCGGUGGAAGAGCUGUUGCUGUUGAGAUCCGCGGUGCGACGUAGUCUGAAACGAGACAAGGUCGAGACAAGUGAGGAGAUUGCUCCAGCACCUCCGAGAAAGGUUCAGGGCUGGCUUUCCGGAUGGAGCGGCUGGUCGUCUGCUGUGGACGCAGCGGGUGAAGAAUCGAAUGCCAUUGAGGGUCUGGCAGAGGAAGAGGACGACUUGUUGAAGGCUAUCCAGUCGUUGAAAAGCGACGAGUCGAUGCUGACACGAGAUAACCUGUUCCUGCGUGUCCACUGUCGCAUGCAAGGCGCUUCAGUCGAGCUUUUCUCUUCUGUACCAAGCAGACGGAGGACAUCGAACAGCACUGGUGAUGCUGGAGAUGCUGAUGGCGAUCACAAGUCUAUGUCGGUACAGUUCCAGUUGUCUGGUGUGAACCUCGACCUGGACUUUAGUCCUCGUAACCAGGCCAGCAAGAUGCACUUGUCACUUGAAACUCUGCAUCUCUAUGACCAUCUGCACAAGGACUCUCUCUUCCCCGUCUUGAUUGCACCACAGACCAAGCUGGAUGCUGAUCAUCCCGCGCCAUCACAGUUCAGACGGCAGUACUCGGUUGCUAGCAGCAGCGAUGACGAUGCCGACAGCAAGCCACUCUUUUCAGUACAUUUCGAGAAGAACCCUCCACACACGGUGUCCAACUGCAGGCUUAAAGUUGAAUGUCGCCCGUUGGACAUUGUGUACCACCCCACCGCCGUGCACUCCAUCACUCAGUUCUUCACCCCGCCCACAGCCGGCGGUGGUGCUGGCACAUCAGCAGCUCAAUAUGCCUCGUUCCCCAGCACAGCACAGCCCAGCCAGCUCUCUGCGGCUGCCAGACGUCGCUACGAGCAGUGGAAGGACGAGACGAAAGCCGGUCUGCAAAACACGCUGGAUGGAUUGAUCUCGAUUCCUGAAACGAAAAGUAUUCAGCGCUGGUCAUUAGACUUUGAUGUAGCCGCGCCGCAAGUUAUAAUUCCUGAGAGUCUGACUGAUGAGAAAGCACCAAUGGUCGUGGUGGACCUAGGUCACCUGAAGUUGGAGACACUGGCCACCGAAGCCGUUGAGAAAACCGUAGUGGCAACAGUGGACUUCUCUGACUCUGAUGAUGAUGGUUGGGAUGAUGAUGCCAGUGCCUUUGCAACUCCAAUGUCAACCCCACCCGACUCGGAAACGGAAACUGAUGCUGGUUUUGACAGUGACCUCUUUGUGACAGCACUACACGACUUGCCAGGCCUGGCAGCAGUGCCUGUGGAUUCAAACAGCGCCCCGUACUCGCCGGCUUUCCCGCUAGCUGGCUCAGCUCCACAGCAGUCACGCUCAGUGGACCGGCUGUACGACAAGUACCUGGUGAACCUGUCUGAUCUGCAGGUGAUGGUCGGCCAUCGGCACGACGAGUGGCAAGAUGCGCACAGCCUGCAGCACAGCAGCCUGCACGUGGUCGAUCGCUUCACCAUCGAUGUGCAGAUGCAUCGACGUGUCUCGCAGCAUUGCGACCGUCGUCUGCCCGGAGCUGCAGUAUCUGCCAAGCUUCCCACGCUGCAGCUGCAUGUGGACGAGCAGAAGAUCGCCGCGCUGCACUCCUGCAUGAAGAACCUGAGCCAGAAGAGGCGCAGUAGUAGCGUACCGGAGUCGGUGUCCUCCAUUCCGAGUGCACAUCCUACACCGGCACCGUCUCCCUUUACGGAUGGCUUUGACAGCGAGGACGAGUCACUACAGUCACCACAAUCCCCGCCUGCAUUCACUUCCCUGUCACCUAAUGCAACAUUCUACCCCACGUCUCCAAGCAAGCGAAAGAAGUUGCCAAAGAAGGCCAAAGGAACUGCUCCCAUUGGUGUCUCGUUCGGUGACGUGUCCGUGGAAGGCAUGCAAGGAAUGACCAGUAUGGAACCCAGCGUGUCUGCAAAGAUGGAGGAUGAAGUGGAUCUGCGCAAGCUAGUCAUACACUUCUCUGUCGGAGCAGUGUCGGUCGGAUUGAAUAGCAGAGGCCAUAGCAUCACGGAGCUGCAACUCAAAAAUCUUAGCGCCGCGGUGAUCAUGCGGCCGUUUGAAUCCUCAUUGUCAGUUGUUCUUCAUGAGUUGCUACUGGUGGAUGCUUUGCAAAAGUUUGGCAGUGACUAUGAGUUACUGGUGGCGUCUAAGACGACUUCGUGCUGCUUCAGAAACCCGCACGACUCCCCUCUCUCGACACAAGAAGCUGAGAGCCAGUCCGACGAAUCCCUGUUGUGGUCCAAAUCCAUAGUUACUCUUGAGGACCUGGUGUCAAUGGAGGGUAUAGCUAAUUCCGGCACUGAUGCCCUGAUGACUCUGGAAGCUAGUCAGUUUGAUGCCAACUACCCGGGACGUGAAGGCGAGGGCCCCCUCAAUGUCAUCACAUUGAACUUCAGUGACCUGAAUAUCAUUGCUAAUCAAGAGACGAUAGCUGAGUUGAUCAGCUUCUCCAAGCGUGCCUUGCCCCAGGACUCUCUUCCUUCAUCACCGACGGGUGUGUCUGCUGAGCCAUCUGCAGCUCCGUUCAUGGUGACGCAAUCAGGAACGCCGAGCAAAACUGACAUCACCGCAUCAGCCAAACAGGUCAGUAUAGUGGUGGUGCGCGGUCGUGCCGACCUGAAGCAGCGGAGAGAACAGCACUUCCGCAACGUGUCUGGCCGCCAGGCAACGUCCCCGGCAUCGACCCAGUCGUUACCAGCGUCGUCAUUGCCAGGUAGCAGUGCGACAUCGCCAACUGGUGUGUACACUGCUCCUCCGGUAGCAUCCAGCGAUGGGCCAUCUCCACAGGUUGCACGCAUUGUACUGCACGGAGCGCGCAUUAUGGGCUCGUUCAGUGCCGAACUGGAGGUGAACGGUGUUAUUGGCGGUGUGUGCGUUACUGAUCUCACACCUGAAGGACGCCUCUACCAACAGGUCUUUAGUGUGGGCACAUCCACCUCAAUAUCUCUUGGAAUGAGCACUCUCCUGGAUGAGUAUGCCGGAGCUGAGGCAGACGCUCUGAACUUCUCUUGGCGCAAGACAGAUCCUGCCGCCGCGCACCGGGCUGGCUCUGCGGAUUCCAACGAGGCCGAGACAGCACUGACCGUGCGGCUGGCUUCCAUGCGAUACUUGCACUCGCCGCUGUUCCUCGACACACUGAAGAGGUGCGCAGCUACGUUUCAGCAGCAUCUGGCCAGUAUUGUGCAGCAGGCAGCUAAAGGCGUAGCACUCGGAGUGGUCGGGCACAGCACCAAGACCCUUGCGGAGCGCAUAGACAUGCUGUCCUCCUCGUUCAUGGGUGCGUCUCAAGCCAACCUUGAGCCGGACAUGGACGAGACGGAUGCUGGUGUCCGUGGUGGCCACUACCUUGAUGAUGAUCCAGAGCAUCGCACUCUCAUCGCAAGCAGGGAGGGUUUGAAACUGCAGAUCUCAAUGGAGAGUCCAGUCAUCGCCAUACCGCAGUCGAACAGCGAUGGCCGUGUCAUCGUAGCCAAUCUAGGCAGCAUGUCGAUGCAUAAUUCCUUUGAGACGGUCACACUACCACAGCUGGACAUGGCCAGAGGUCUGGAGAAGGCGCUGCACAUACCCGAGACGGUGGAGCGGCGGCACAUCCAAGUGCGCAACAUUCACCUGGCCGCGUUGCAGCUGGACGUGGCCAAGAUGGAAGACUGGUACAGGCAACCGCAUGUCUCCACGUCCAUGCCGCCAUACUUCUGCACGAACGCAAACCCGCACGGCGCCAUAUCACACAUACUGCACGACACCGAGGUGGCGGCUCUCAUCGACUCGCCGCUCGAGACAACGUUCUCCGACGGUGAUGCGGUGCAGCGCUUGUAUGGUGAUGUGAAGGUGGUGGGGGCACUGCGGGUCAGUAUCUCUAAGUCAGUGUUCCGCCAAGUGACCGCCACUCUAGAUGCUGUAGGCGGUAACAAACCAGCCCCGGGUGAGACCGACUCAGCCCCGGAGAAGCCAGCAGCAGCAGCAGCGUCGAAGCAGCCCUCUCACCCUCAACACCAUCCGCUGCGGCGACGUGAGGAUGGCAUGAUCUUCAUGCCGUCACCCUCCACCAGCGCUGGCAGCGGCAGUGGGCCAGGCAAUCGUAGCGACUCUGAGGAUGAGGGCCCACAGUUCCAUAUCCAGUGUCACGUGCCCAUCUUGCUGUUACAACUGCGCACUGAGCUGCACAGCGGGGAGCAAGGCCUGGCCGAUAUCUCUCUGCACGACUUCCUGAUGCAGGCAGUGCGUUGGCAGCAGUUCCAGACACAUCUGGACAUCUCGCUGCGCUCACUGCUAGUCGAGGAUCUGCUUGAAAAGCACGACUCCAAGCACCGCUUUCUGAUGUCGUCAGCCAGCUUGAAGUCGGUGUCUUCGGCUCACAGUAGCGGUGGUGUGCCCACUCACAAGACGCGUGGUGUGUACUCCAUGUUCCCGGGCAGUGCUGCUGCUAGCAGUAUCCCGCGACUCUCCGCCGUAGUCCCGCUUGUCGAUGCCUUCUCACUGCCGGCCGCAGGUAGCAGUGGCGGUGUGCCCUUGCCGAGGUCUUCCACGCCAGCCAUCCAGCGACACAACUCCAUGCCGCCAACAGUGGCGGGUGUAGCAGCAGCGGCUGUGGUGAGUGACCAUGACGUAUGCGAUGGUCCGGUGUACCAGGACGACUUUGCGGACGGUGCGGCAGCAACGCCAUCGUCGUCGUCGCGCAAUGCUGCCAGUACUGCUGGCGAUGAGACGCUGGUGCAGGUCAAGGUCCGCCUGGUCGAUAAGAAUGCACCCACCUUCUUCUCCGAGUUCAAUGGGGUGGAUCGGUUUGUAGAUGUUGACUUCAACUCCUUGGAUACCACCGUCAAUCAACAGACAUGGGUAGGUGUGCUGGACUUCUUCGGUAUCGGCGAACCGAAACCUGCAUCGUCGGCUCAGAGCACACGUCUGCCGUCUUCACCAACGUCGCCGGAUUUCUCCAUGCCUACGAGUCCCGACCAGCAAGAGCAGCAGCCGGGUAUGGAGGGGCAGACAUCAGCAGAUGCAGCUGCAGAUAGCUCACCAUCAUCAGCCAGUGCGGGUGGACGACCCGGGCAGGAUGAGCAGCCACCUCUGCAGCAGAACCAACAGGGCACUGGGCAGUCAUCGGUGCCACAGCAGCGAGAGCCGACGUCGGACAUUCAAGUGCGCGUGCACAGCCUGUCGUUGACGCUGAACAAGCCAACAGGCGCGCUAGCCAAGGCGUGCGUCGGUGGCCUGGACGUGCACUUGCUACUGGAGAAUGGCAAUAUGUCAGUGAAAGGUAGUCUGAAGACAGUCUCACUGACCGACUUGACCCCUGCCGGAGCACUCUACAGAGAAAGGUUCACCACUAUUGGCAAUGAAGCUCUGGUAUUCGAGGUCUUCAAAUAUGGCCCUCCAGACUGGCAGAACUUACGCGACUUUGACAUGAAAGUGCACCUGAGAAUGGCGUCGGUACGCUAUGUGCACACCAAGCGCUUUCAAAUGGAGCUUGUCGCUUUCAUCCAGCAUUUCACCCAGUCAAUGGAUGCUUUACCACGGAUGCGUGCCAAUGCUGCUGGUACCUUGGUGUACAAUGGACCAACGCGCUCUGGCCGCAUACUACUGGACAUUGAAACGAGCAACCCCGUGGCGCUGCUGCCACGCUCGGCCAGUUCGCGUGACAUGCUCGUGAUCAACCUUGGCAACGUCAGUGUGCACAACUCAUUCCGCUAUGCUGGCACUGCAACCGGCAACUCUCAUUCACCAAAGAACCCACAGAAGCCAAAAACCAAUGGCAGCAGCAGUAGUGACUUUUCUUCCCACGCAAAGUCCACGACAGCAGGCGACCCCCGUUACUCAGCGCCAUCGGGUAGUGCUGACCUAUCGCAUUCUACUUCCUCGAAAUCAACAUUGUUCAAUCGGUCAGAGAGUCUUGGUGCAAGACCCGAGACACUGCUGGACUUUACCCCGAGCCCGCGUCACUCACGUCAGUCACGGCAAGGAGAUGACAUCUCGGCGGACGCAACCAGCAGACUGGAGGAUUCCAAACUGGCUAGCCCUAAUUCGCAGGGUCAGAUCAAUGACGAGGCCAAAGCGUGGCUUAAGGCUGGACAUCACAUGUCAGGUCCCUGCCUGCUGGAUGUUCUCAACAUUGAGCUCAGCAACAUGGAUGUCUUCUCCGCCAAACGUGUUGAUGGCCAGCGGCAGGCUGGAUUCCCGUCGGCAAUGCACGCCUCCGGCCUGGAUGAAGUAGACGGGGCGGCAGAGGAUUCGUUUACCUUCGAGCCAACGAGUGGACGCAGUCUGGAGAAGAAAUGUACGCUGAGCCUAACCAUCGAGCGAAACCUUCACCAAGACUUCUGCCAUGACGUGCCAGACAAUCGCUUGAUUGGCCAGCUGUCUUCGGUGAACAUCUGCUUGGAUCAGUACCAGUUUCAGCUGGUGAAAGGCGUGCUAGCUGACAACUUGGGCGAGGACAUUGAGGAGUUUGAGCGGCCGGAGACGCACAUCCGUGACCCCAUUGUUCAGACGAAGUUUGCAUCGGUUUGGACUGGCCUUGAUCUUCAAUUACACCUGGUCAACGUCAGCGUUGAGUUGCUGUACCAGCAUGCCAGCAAGUUCAUACCACAGGCGUCGCUGGCACGCUUUGACUUCAAGCGCAGCCAGCUGCAUUUUGAAGCUCGCUCGGACACGACGAAGACGAUUGAUCUCGUUUCCCAGGCUAUUGUUGCUAACGAUACUCGCUACUCAGGCUUUGAUGGCGACAUGCCAUCUAACGUAUUCUCGCAGAUCUUGCAGCCGCGUCACUUGAACUCUUCCAACAGUCUGCAGUUGGAGAUUCACUAUCGUACGUACGUCUUGCCGCAUCCACGCCGUCAGCUUACCGUCUUACUCAACAAGGUCCGACUGCUUGGUGUGUUUGAGUGGAUGCUGCAAGUAAAGGAUUUCAUCACUGGCAAGGGUGAUGGAGACCAGCAGCAGCAGCAGCAGCAGCAGCAGCAGCAGCAGCAGCAGCAGCAGCAGCAGCAGCAGGAGGAGGAUCCUAAGUCUGACACAUUGCCCCUGGGUGGAUUAAAACCACUGCCGAGCGGCGAUAACAUGGCUGACGAGAACGAAGAGAAAGAGGAAAAGCCAUUGGACUUCCACCUCAACAUGGCCGAAACAGAGGUGCUGGUUCUGGAGAAUGCGUCCAACCCCAACACCAAUGCUGUGACGCUGAAGUUCACGCUCGUCCUGUCGUUCCGCGCCCAGCUCAACUCCAGCCCAGAGCUGUCCUGCAGCCUGCAGGAGAUAGAGGUAUUCUCAUGCAACCUGGGCAGUGAGGAGGAUUCGGCCCUGUCUAUCAUUGACCCACUCAACAUCAACGCCGAAGUUCGACCUCAGGCUAAUGGCUCCAGCUCAAAGCGGCCGACCAGCCUCGGUUCUGACAUAUGCACAUUGCCUCCCCUCGAGAUCUCCGUUCAGCACGUGUGCAUGCGUGUGUCUUAUCAUGAUAUUCAACUCUUCCUGGCCAUACUCAAAUCACUACCCGGCCAGGCAGCAGCGGCCGGCUUCAAGUCAGCGUCGGAGUCGCAGCCGUACAUGGAGACCUCGGCGUUUGAGCCAGUUGAUGAACGUGUCUGCAAGCUGGAAGCUCUUGGUUAUGAGGCACGACAUUGCAAGUUCGCCCUGGAUGAGUGCAAUGGAGAUCCGAACGCAGCCGCCAACUGGCUGGCGACCAAUGCGCCCGCAAAGUCUGACCUGCGCGCUGCAGCGUCUGAUAGUGGUAAUAAGCUGGGGCCGCUGCAGAUCGGCUCCAUCCGGGUGACGGGUGCUGCUGUGACUGUUUGCCUGAUUGACGACUGCUGUGGCCGUGACAUUCCACUGGCUGAGCUGACGUUGAACAAGCCCAGCAUCACACACCACCUGGUGACAUACCCCGGUACCGGACAUGCCAGUGGAACUCUAGUCAUGGAGUACUACAACCGCGGCAUUUCGGCAUGGGAGCCUCUACUUGAGCCAUGGAAAUGCGGCAUUUACUGGAUUAAGGAUCAGGCACCGGACAAGGAUGAAUUGACAGUAAAGAUUGAUGCAAGCGAUCGUCUGGACUUGACAUGUACUUCGGCCUUCCUUCAGCUGGUCAAGUCCACGCAGACCAGCUGGUUGGAAGACUACAACCGUGCUUCGGCCAACAGUAGCGAAGCAGCUCUGCAUACGCCCGACUCCUCGGUCGACGAGGCUGCACGACUGCCUCAGCCGGUGGCCCCUGCCGCCAGCGGCACCUUGCCAACGUUCAACAACACGCGGCGUACACCGUUCACACCCUACGUCCUCCACAAUAACACUGGAUGUCGACUGCACUUUGCUACCCUCACAACAUCGCCUUCAAGAGCACCGCAAAUAGCCAACCUGACAUCUAGUGGGGCUGACUUUGGUACAUCUUCAUCGUCUAGUUUGAAUGACAGUGAUUUGGCAUCUGGUCUACCGUCUCAUAUCGCUCAGUGGCAUGAUGUGGCUGCUGGUAAGCAGGUUGCCUUCCAGUUCGACAGUCACAGGAGACGCCGCAACUAUCGUGAUACGCGUCGUCUGACAGUGCAUCAGAUAGUUGUGCACGUGGAUAGAUGGCAGCGUGUAGCACCCCUCAGUGUGGACCGUGUCGGCGUGUUCUUCAGGGACAUGCUGCCCGAAGACCCAUCGCUCCCAGCUGUACGCCUGGUGGUCACGAUAAAGAUCGGUGCGGAUGCUCGCAAGGUGGUCAACGUCCGCUCUGCGCUGGUGCUGCACAAUCGUCUUAGCGUCCCGUUGGAGGUGUGUUGCAGUCAAGGCUUGGACUUGGGAAGCUCGGAUGAGAUUGCGUCCAGUGUCGACAAACGCUCUAACCAGAUCCAGUUGCCUGUUCUCAUGCCGGGCGAGAGGGCAGCAGUUCCUCUGCAGUACACGGAGCUACCGCUGUGUGCACGACCACAUGCCAGAGGCUGGAAGUUUGCACCAGAUCUGCUGGACUGUGGUCCAGUCAGCCAGGAUCUACCGGUGCAUAAUGUACUCGCCUCCUGCAAGGGAGCUGGUCACAAGAACGACAUAUUUAGAUUCCUUGCGUCCAUUCAGCGUGAAUCCUUCCCCGCUAAGCCUAGGAUGAUCACACAGAAAGGUACUCUGAAGGACAGUAGUGAGUUGCGUAUGUCCAGGAGAGACGUGUCCGUCAGUGUGGAUGAUAUAGAAGGGUCAAUGCUGAGUCAAGGGUGUCCACGCUUCUGUUCCGGUUACAACAUAGUCUUCUUACCAACAGUGACACUAGUCAACCUGCUGCCUGUCGACAUGGAGUAUUUCAACGAUACCACUGGUCAAUGUGGUGUUGUCAAGGCUGGCAAGGAGGAACAGCUUUUUGAGGUCAACCCCACAAAGGUACUGGAGCUCGGCAUACAGCUAGAUGGUUUCCAGCGUGGUGCUAAUAUCCGUGUACCACCCGGUGUGGACUCCGUUGACACACUGGAACUGCGAGAUGCCAAUCACCGCACUCUCAACCUUCACACUAAGGCCGAGUCGCAAAACAACUCGUUGACGUUGAGUAUCCUCUGCUCGUAUUGGUUACGCAACCUCACCGGUCUGCCACUCGUCUUCAAGCAAGACUCUGCGAAGCAUGAAGCGGCCGGACAGUCGGAAGCCCACGAGAAUGCUCGCAGCCUUACGCCACUCCUGUUUUCAUUCAGUGACCCGUCGAAACCGAAUGCCUGCAGUGUUCGCCUCGGCCGCAGCCCUCACAUGCGUGGCACGCCUGCUUGGUGCCCUCGUUUCCGCCUCGAUCGCAACAGUGGCAUAGGCUUGAAGCUGGUGGCCGUGCAGGGGCAGAAUGCACCUGACAGUGUGUAUGAGAUAGGUAUUCAGACACGCCGUGGAAAGGGACGCUACGCGCACACGCUGGUGGUGACGUUUGUCACUCGUUUCCAGAUUGAGAACCACAGCCAGUACGAUAUUGCGUACUCUCAGCGCCGCUUCAUCAGCAACCAGAACGUAAAGCUAACUCGGCCACCGGCACAGGUACCGCCAGGCUCUGUUGCACCGUUUCACUGGCAGCGCACAGACUAUGACCAAGUCCUGUGUGUUCGCAUUGCCAACUUUCCCGACUGCCGCUGGUCUGGAGGUUUUCAAAUCGACAAAGAGAACUCCCUUCACAUCAUUAUGAGAACACGCAAUGGUCAGAGUCUCUUCCUUCGCGUCGACGUUGUCCUGCGCAAUGCUACGUACGUGGUCGGUUUCUACGAUGCAAGGCAGUUACCUCCACCGCUGAAGAUUGAGAACCUCUCGCCGGUGCCGUUGUAUUUCAGUCAACGUGGUGUUCCCGAUGGCACGCUACGCACACUGCUCAACGCCUAUCAAUGUGUGUCAUAUGCAUGGGAUGAGCCCAUGGGAGGCCAGGAGUUCCGCAUUGAGAUUGCACACGGCGGCCAUUACGGUUACUACGAUGCACAGGAGUUUGGCGAGAAGGAGGGUCUGUACUAUGACAACAAUAUCUAUAUCACAGUCAGCUGUAGCUCUCCACGUCACCCUCACCAUGAUGAGUAUGCAUGUGUGUCACGGCAAGCCUCUCCGUCAGAGCUGGUGCUUGACGUGCCCCAAGGCAAAGCAGUCAUCUUCAGCAAAAAGGAUCCCAAACGGCGCACGCAGCUGUGGAGAGUAACGACCAGAGGUCGGCUGGAAAACAUCGGCCUGUCUGAAGGUGUCAACACACCGCGCGGUCUGAACGCGGGCAAUAGCACAAGCAGCAAGAAGCGUGUCAGUAUAGUACUGGAUGUCAUGUCAGUGGGUGGUGCAGGUACAUCCACCGGAAGAGUGUAUAACCGUGCCAGUGCACCACUUCAAGUAGCAGUCGCUGAUGAGGCUCGAUCAGCCACACAGACAUGGUCCUUCACUGAGGAUGGGCGAUUGUCCUGUGGUACACUGUAUGUACAACCACUGGAUGGCAUGCAGGGCUUGCAGCCAGGUGCUGAUGCCGCAGCCGGUCCUUCUCUUCUUCACGGGCACAGGCGAAGUAGCGGCAACGGUUGGGGCAGCGCAAGUAACCCGUGUCUGGACGAUGGAGGACCUCCUCUGUGUCAGAUGAUGUCCGCGCAGCGCCAACUGCCUGGCUCCGGAGCACUUGCCAUUCGCCUGCACCCAGCCGGUCCCACUCGCGUCCUGCAGAUCUUUGACAUGCAGGACAAGCGCUUGCAACGUGGCACUUCCAGAGAGGAUUGGGUCACUAUCGACACACAGAAGGUUGCGUCUCGCAAUCUUGUUGUCGGCGAGUACAGGGCAGCAGCGGAAGCAGGCACGAGUGUGGAUGAUGAGCCGGAUUCUAAAGGAACAGAACUCAAGGUUAUUGUUCGACUUGCUGGUGGAAUCGGUGUUUCUUUGGUCAAUCGGAAUGUGGAUGAGCUGUGCUUCCUCUCCUUGCUUGGAAUAGAGGUUGAUGUCAUGGCAACCAAGGCAAGACAUUCUAUUGAGGCGUCAAUACAGCAACUGCAGAUUGAUAACCAGAUGACGUCAGCUCAUCGUCCAGUGAUUCUAUCACGCACUUCACAGCCAGAUAAUGAUAGGAAAGGGCCACUGCAACCGUGCAUUCGCAUCACAGCAACACAACUACCCAGCACGUCUGCAUGCACACAGCUGUUCGAGAAAGCAGAGGUUGUGGUGCAGCCGCUAACCGUGGUCCUGGAGGAGCGUCUUGUCCUUGCACUCGUUCAGUUUUCUGGUGCCGCGGAAGAAGUAGCCGACAAGGAAACGAGCGAAGACCUAGAGUUUGAACGGAGUGUACCAAUCAUCUCUGCCACUCAGUCAAACAACAAGCACUACUACUUUGCUGACCUAUUGCUCAUCCUGAGUCCGUUGAAGCUCAGCCUGCUCACCAACAGCCGGCUACCUCCAGACUUGAAGAAGAUCAAGAAGAAGAAGAUUUUCAUGCCGCUAGCUCAGUUUGAAGACGCCAUGCUCUGGUUUGACCCUCUGAAACGCGAACAUGUGUUUGAAACACAGGCAGCCCACAUCAGCUACAUGGUCGACUUUUACAAGCAGUACAUUGUGAGUCAAGCGCCCAGCAUUAUUGCAUCAUCGGAUCUCCUCGGCAACCCACUCGGCCUGUACAAUGACUUCACGUCGGCUAUCUCUGACAUCUCCAAGCUGAACGUGGCCAGUGGGGUGUCGCAUCUCACCCAUGGCCUCAGUGACGCAACAUCCAAGCUUACUGGUGUUGCGUCGGAUGUCCUCGGCCAGGUGACCAUGGAUAAGUCCUACCAAGAUGAGCGUUCACAGCUGACUGAGAGCUGUCGCAGUGGCAGUGAUCACUUGGCAGCUGGUAUCGCCGGACUGGCACACGGUGUCAUCGGUGGUAUCACCAGUAUUGCGCAACAGACCUACCAGGGCAGUGUCAACGAAGGAGUCACGGGCUUCAUCUCCGGCUUUGGCAAGGGUAUUAUCGGUACGGUCGCCAAACCUGCAGCGGGUGUGCUAGACUUGGCCAGUGGCACAGCGGCCGCGCUACGCCAGACCACCAAGAGCUCGUCGUUGUCUGUACCGCCCGUACGCCAGCGCCGCUGCCUGGCAGGCCUUGGCGGCGCGCUGCCCAGUUUCAACGAGAAGUCGGCGAUGGGCCAGCAGCACCUCAUGCAGCUGAACAACGGAAAUGUCGAUGAAACGUUUGUGGCAAUGGAAUGCUUGCGCAGUACCAAUCAUGACAGAAUGUCGGCUAUUAUUUCCACUGAGCAAGUGUUCUUUCUCGGCAAGAAGAGUUCACAACCUGAAUCCAUUGUGCUGCAGGUCCCCAUGGCUGAUUUGAAGUACGCACAACCAGGCUGCAUACAGGGAAAGGGCGGUACAUCGACUGCAUACUAUGUAUGCCUGUACCUGCACUCUCCACAGCAGCCGACUGACAGCACAGGGAUGGGUGGCUCCAAGUCGUCAGCAGUGUCGGCAUCAUCGUCGUCGUCGUCGUUGGCAUCGAGCAACGCCGCCCGAGUGCCUCGCGUCCGCUGCUCUCAGGAGAAGCUGGCCAGCAAGGUGGCCCAGGAGAUCAACUAUGCCAAGUCACUACACCAACAGCGCAUGCUCAUGGUCCCACUCUCCGAUGCAUCACCAGACAUUUGGUGACAAACGUAACGUGCCUUCUCUGGCUUGUUUGUUUCUUUUUUUGGUGCUGAAAUGUUUGUUGCCCUGACAACGUAAUGACUGCAGUCCACUGUUUUUAUGGCUGGCUUCUUUGAGGUAUACAUUCUUGAAAAUUUUGUUUUUGAUACUUUUCUUAGUUUCAUCAUGAAAUAUUAUGGUCCCUACUCCCCUAGCCUGCACAAAACACAACUGUAUGAAACAGAUUGCUUUGCAAGUUCCAAUUCCAAUGUCCUAGUGCAUUCAUGACAGUAGAAUCUUCAUGGAACUUGUUCUUCCAACAUUGGAUACUCAUGACAUCUGGUCCUGCAGUGCAGACUAGUUUUUAGCUCUGGAUUCCUCUUCGUAGGCCGUUGUUUUCUUUUCUUUUCUUUUUAACUGGAUGAACUCAUUUUUUAUUUUCUUUCAUGUUGUUUUCAUGCUGCAGGUUGUACUUUCCUGAUCUUAAUGCGUGCGUUAUUUAAUUAUGGAUUCUGUCUGCUGUUGGCCUUCUUUUCAUGCCAGGAAGACUAUCAGUUGUGUUCCUUCGGGUCACGCUCCUCAAGUAUUGACUCACCUUGCUAUGACAUUCAAGUAUACAAUCAUA